UCAAGUGGAAAGUAUCAAAAAGGUGUGCAAGGUGUGGCUGACAGGGAUCGCUUUAUUCGUUGUGUUGUUGAAGAAACAGCGCGAAAGCAGACGUAAGAAGAACGUGCCACUCUUACGAGCAGCAGGGAAAAUGGCGAUCACCUCGCCGAAAUGUUCCAAGGAGAGCAAAGUAGAAGCCAGGACUAGAAGUUGGAUAGCAAGGCCGAUAUUGAGCUCGGAGUUCACGGACGAUCCGAUCUUGGAAGAGGUCUACGUGGGUCUGUUAAAGCAGAAACAGAAUACAUCAACAGCUAUUCAAACAGUAUCAUCCAUUCUGCCGGGUUUUCAUCAUCUGAAACGCUGUUCAUCGAACAAGCUUCUCCUGGCACCGUUACAUUCAUCAGAACAUACUUUAACUUCAGACAAGUUGAAAACGAUGUUGAAGGAGAAAGGCUUUGAUUUAUCCUUGCUGGAAGAAGAUUUCCAGGUGUUGAAAGUGCCAUCCAGAGCCGCGAGGACGAAAGCACAGGCAGCGAGAGCCACGAAGAUUUGGCCUCUGAAUUUUCAUCCAGAUCCUAACAUCGAAUGUCUGAUCGAUGGAUCCGUGUUCACGGAUCAGCAAUUGGAUCUGAUAGAAAGGUACAUGAACGUUGCCAUAGAAGCCGCCAAAUUAGAAGCCAUUGGCGACGAGCAUUGCAAUGGUAGCGCGGUGAUCGUUGAUCCCGAAGAUGGACGGAUCCUCGCGAUCGCAGCUUCCAGAAUCGAUCAACAUCCGAUGUGGCACGCGGUUAUGUUAGCCGUGGAUCUGGUGGCCAAACUUCAAGGUGGCGGUGCCUGGAAAUUGAAUAAAGACUCUCAAGAAAGUGUUCAAAUAGCGGACGAAGACUAUGCAACCAGGGAAAGAAGGAUAAAAAGGAAGUACAUAGAGGAAGCUCCACUUUAUUACCCCUCGUCAUUGUCCAUCCUUAAUCUACCGGAAGAAGAGUCUUUGAAGUCGACUGUUGUUAAACAAGGACGAAGAAACAAUGCUUCCAAGAGGACAGAUUCAGGGAAAAGUGAAGAAAUAAACGCAGAAAAAUGUGGUCCUUAUUUGUGCACAGGGUACUGGACGUUUCUGUUGAGGGAACCAUGUCCUCUCUGCGCCAUGGCUCUUUUGCAUUCCAGAGUUUCGAGAAUAUUUUAUGGAGUACCUAAUCAGUGUACAGGCGUGUUAGGAUCUAAAACGGUUCUACACGCUGUGCCAGGUUUGAAUCAUCGGUAUCAGGUUUGGAGCGGUGUUCUGGAGCAAGAUUGUCGACGAGUGUUGCAAGAAAUCCAGCACAGAAAUACGGAUUGACUCAGCCGAUUCACCCGCAACAAUUGAUUGUAAUUUUCUAUUAACCAAUGAUUCGUGGAACAUCCAUGACGAUGCCUUUAAAAAAUAUCUUAUAUGGAAUAUUCCUCUUGUAUUUUAUGAAGAUUAAAAGAGUGGAAAUAAGUCCGCUUUGAAUGGGUCAUCGAUCUCGAUCAGUCUGCUUCCCAAAUUUGGACACCUGUGAAAGGUUUCGUACCUGAUGGUCGUCUAGGAAGCUUAACAGACGUGUUAGUGACGUUCUAACUGCAAACGUAACGACCGGUUUAGAAUUUCAAUGAAAAGCAGACGGCGUACAUGAUCUUACACGUGGUUCGAACGUGCAUUUGUCCAUUACGAGGUAGAUAUACGGGGCGACCUUGGUGUCUUGGUAUAAUUUGCAGGAAUAGAGAUCUCUAACCAUCGGACUGUCGCUGUUCCUUUAUCCACACGGCCAGCUAAACGUUUCGUUGGUUCCGUGUUACGGAAGACCCAUCAAACUUUCUUUUGCAAUUUUUUCACUUUAACGUCGUUCAAAGACUAAAAGAAGAUCGGAUGCUCGACAGAUUUAAGGUUCGUAAGGAGCGAGCAUAGCUCUGAGACGACUCGUAGUUAAUUAAUUAAGAAGAUGAUUCUUUAAAAGCGUUGCGUCAGAGGUAGCAAAUAUCUGUGCUCCUUUGAAGAACGUUUCGAUCAUUGAGGCUAUAAAAGAAGUCGUUGCAGAUGCUCGAGCUCCAUGCAGAAGUUUCCUUUGAUAAUUUGUCAUUCCACGUGUCACCCUGAAGAAAAAAUCCCGAUACGCUUUCUGCAAUUAUUCAGCUAAUCGAUCACCUACUUAAUAUUACUCGAACGAAUACCAAAUGAACCAGUCUGACCCGAUUAACGGUCGAUUUUCGACUCGACGUACACGUGACCGGCAACGAGGAGAAAAGCAUGUCGGCACGGAAUCGAUAAUAACGAAAGUAAUCACUGUCAUGAUUCGAUCGUCCCUUUUGAAAAGUAUCAGUCGCUGCGAAACGAACGGCGUGGCACGCGGACGAAUAACCUCGUUGCUCGAAGAACGAAGUCGUGUACUUCGCGGCAGCGAGAGACAAGGUCGCGAAGUAAUUCGAGGGGAGCAUGGUCGUUGAUCUCGUGUAGGAUCGCUGGAAAUGUAGCGCGAUAAAGCGGCGACGACGACGAGAAGUUCCUUUUCCGCGAUCCGAACGCGACCACCCUUCUUUCCAUCGCGUCGUUCGAACGACGAAACUCUUGUUCGCCGAGCUUUCCUCUCGUAAGACGGUUUAAUUUGUGUGCAAGCGAGUAGCGCGUAUAACAAUGACCUCGCGGAUUAACUUCAAUCAGCGAAACUUCAGACGUCUAACCCCAUUGGGCUGGCCAGAGCUUUGCUGGACGGAUGUACGUGCAAGCACGCGCUUAGGAGAAAAUGGUGGUAGCAGGGAAUUAGGAAGCAAGACAAUUCGUUUGCCGCUCGAGCAAAUAGCAUCUUUCGAAUCUUCUCUGUUCCCAUUCUUACAUACAAGUUCUCCAUCCGCCAUCUUAGUUUAGCUCGUCGAUUUUCUUGGACGAAGAUACUAAGCUUCUAAGCUUAAGGAGACGAUUUGGAGAGACGGAUAUAUCUCGUAUCAGACACACCUCGAAGCUUCACGGAGAAACUCAGUUAACGACCAAGAAGUUGUUCCACGUACUUCGUUGCACUAGCUGGCACGUGGUCGUCCAUUAACGUCACCCGGAAACGCAUCAAGCAGCUACCUUGUUUCUUUCCACCGUUUAUUCAGGCUACGCCGUCGACGCUCGCGAAGCAGCGAAAGAUUCGUCUUCGCGAUUUCAUUGAAAGUUUCGCGACGAAAACACGGUCGUUCGGAGAUAACGACUCGAAAGUAAUUAAUCCACGUGGCAAACAAGCAGCCUUUACGACACGGUUGUUCGUCGAAACUCGACGAAAACAUCUUCGUCCUCGUUUCUCAACGAUAUCAGUAGAAAGUUUCAAUCUUGUAUCG